AUGACUAAGGGCAAGAACAAAAAGAGAAAGGGAAAGACUGAUAAUCCAAAGAAACAGCAAACUAGAGGAAAACAACCAUGCAGAAAUGCAAAGCGUAGGAAGCAAAUGGAAAGUAAGAACCCCAAAGUAGAUGGAAAUAAUGAACAACUACCUGCCAUUUCAUUAGACAGGUUUACCUUCCAUCACCUCCUUGGUGAAGGCAAUUACGGAAAGGUGAUGUUGACAUCAGAUAACGUCACUAAGCAAAGUGUGGCAGUAAAGAUUCUUAAAAAGCAGAUGCUGCUAGAUGAUGAUAUGGACAAGACUCUACUAGAACGCAGAGUGCUGGAAGUUGCAACUGGAUGCCACUUCCUGACCAACCUAUAUGCCAGUUUUCAGACAGAGAACCGUGUCUUCUUUGUCAUGGAAUAUGUGAAUGGAGGCAAUCUGGAACAAUUCAUGAAUAGGCAUGGGAAACUGGACCGCGACGCAGUGAGGUUUAUUGCUGCUGAACUUGUAUGUGGGCUGCAAUACCUACACAGGCAUGGAAUAAUCCACAGAGACAUUAAGCCGGAGAACAUUUUAUUAGACAGAUCGGGUCACCUCAAAAUAGCUGAUUUUGGUCUGUCAAUAGAAAACGUAUUCGACUACACAGACUCAUUCGGUGCCGGCACACAAGGGUACAUGGCUCCAGAGGUGCUGAGGUUAGAAAGGUACGAUGCUGGGGCUGACUGGUGGUCCUUUGGAGUCAUCUUGUACAAGAUGAUUACAGGGUAUAAUGUCUUUCAAUGCGGCCAUGCAGAUGAAGACACACCAGCAGAUGUCAGCCUUGAGGAACGCGAUAUCUUAGAACGGCUUCUGUGCAAGAUACCAUCUGACCGCCUGGGGAAAAAUGGCAAUAUUCGAGACCAUCCCUUUUUCCAGUCAAUUGAUUGGAAGGAACUAGAGGCCAGAAGAACUACCCCCCCUUCUAUUCUCCGCACAACAUCAUCAGAGAGUUUAGAAGAAUCUGGGAGCAUGGAUCUCAAAUUAUCAUCCAAAGACUCUUCAGAGGAAUCUCUUGAUUCAGAAGAUCAAAGGCUAUUUGAUGGGUUCAGUUACAUCAACCCCAAAUGGAUCAAUUUUGCCAAGUCUUCUGCAGCCCACUCCACGGAACCAUCAACAGUAGAAGGAUCAUCCGCUGGACCUGCACCUUCUCCCCUGCAACUGGAGGCAACAACUGCAGGAUCAUCUGCAGUGAGAGCACAAAAAAGGAAAAGAGAGAGCCAGAGUGAGUCAGAAUUCACUCCAAAAAAGAAAAAAGAAUCUGAACUGGCCGAGUCAACACCAGGACCUUGUCAGGAGAUAUCUGGAAUAGGAACAACAUCCGAAAUUGCAACGCAAAAGGAGACAACAAUCCCAAGCAUGUCACCUGCAGUGAGAGGCAAGAAAAGGAAGAGAAAGCAGAAAGAGGACCAUAGUGAGUCAGAAUUAACUCCAAAAAAGAAAAGAGAAGAUGAACAGGAUGAUCCAACACCAGGACCUUCUCAGGAGACAUCUGGCGUAGGAACAACAUCCAAUAGUGCCACACAAAAGGAGACAACAAUCCCAAGCAUGUCACCUGCAGUGAGAGGCAAGAAAAGGAAGAGAAAGCAGAAAGAGGACCAGAGUGAGUCAGAAUUAACUCCAAAAAAGAAAAGAGAAGAUGAACAGGAUGAUCCAACACCAGGACCUUCUCAGGAGACAUCUGGCGUAGGAACAACAUCCAAUAGUGCCACACAAAAGGAGAAAAUAAUCCCAGAUGCAGUGCGAGCCAAUAAAAGGAAGAGGACACAGAAAGAGGACCAGAGUGAGUCAGAAUUCACUCAAAAAAAGAUUCGGAAAAUCUAA